AUGCAUACAUUCACACAUGAAUUCACACUCCUAAAUUCCAAAUAGGGAUGUUAAAGAAAUGGUCUGGAUAGAUUUUUAGAGCAGAUAAGAUUAUACAGACUACAUUUUUUUUUUGCUGACAGUUAGUUUGUUGCGUACUGCAGCUGCAGCAAAUGCAAGACUGAUAUUACAACAUACUGAAGGCUGCAAAAUAUCCGGAUUCACAGUGUUAAGUACAACUACUCUGCUUGAAACUCAUUUGAAACAGCUUUUUUCUUUCCCUUUCUGGCGAUGUGGGGAUGGACCAGACUCAUGAACGCAAGAUGAGUUUUGAGGGGGCAGAGGGUAGACCAGCUCCACCCACAUCCCUGCCCCUGCAGGGCCAAGGGGGCGGAGCCUCUCAGAGGAAGAAGCUGUCGGCUCCUCGUAUAAGUCUAUCAUUGGACCAAAGUGAGGAUGACCUGUUCGACACACCAGAUGACCUCGACAUUAAUGUGGAUGAUCUGGACACACCUGAUGAAGCAGAUUAUACCGACCAUGAAAUAGACUGGGAAGAGCCUCAAGCAUCCCAGAGAGAUUCUGUAAAAGAAACAGUUGAACCCAUUCCCACAUACAGUGCUCAGGAGGAGCGGCAGGAUUCCAAACUCUGGAGAACCGUCAUCAUUGGAGAGCAAGAGCACCGCAUCAACAUGAAGAGCAUUGAACCAUACCAAAAAGUCGUAUCCCAUGGAGGCUACUAUGGCAAUGGUGCAAAUGCCAUCAUUGUGUUUGCUGCAUGUUUCCUCCCUGACAGUGACAGGGAGGACUAUCACGAGAUCAUGGAAAACCUCUUCCUGUAUGUUAUCAGUACACUAGAGCUCAUGGUAGCAGAGGACUACAUGAUUGUGUAUCUUAAUGGAGCAACUCCACACCGGAGGAUGCCUGGCCUCAACUGGCUCAAGAGAUGCUACCAGAUGAUUGAUAGGAGGCUCAGAAAGAAUUUAAAAUCUUUCAUCAUUGUUCACCCAUCAUGGUUCAUUAGAACAAUUCUAGCCAUCACAAAACCAUUUAUCAGCUCAAAGUUCAGCAGUAAGAUCAAGUAUGUGAACAGCUUAGCAGAACUGGAGGAGCUCAUUCCAAUGGAGUACAUCCACAUACCUGAGUGCAUCAUCAGACUGGAUGAGGAAUUACGGGAAACAGCAGAGAGCUCUAAAAUCAACAGCUUUCUCCAAGGAAGUGAGAUUCCACAAGAAUCAAUAGCUCAACCCAAUGCAAGCAGUUCAUAAGAGCCGUUGGCUGUGGGUGCAAGUAUGUCUGUAAAGGUUCUGAGUAUUUCAAAUUGUAAUGAUUGCACACUGAUGUGGAUGCAAUAAUCACAUAAAAUAAGAGAAAAGGGUAUUUUUGUGCUUUGGUAUCUCACAGUGCUGGGAUGAACAGUGCAGCACCACAUGUUGUUUAACACAAAUCACCUCAAACGUAAUAAUUCUUCUCACAGAACAGUAGCUUAAACCAGCGCAAUGCUUGAAUCAUUCUUCGUCUCUUAUCGUCUUGCAGAAGUUUCUCUUGUUACUUGAAUUAUGCAUGAGAGGCAUUUUAGCAAUAAUAUCAAGUUAUACUUUUCCCCUUUAGGCUCAUAAUUUUUACCGUCAGGUAUUUUUUCUAAUUGGAGCAUGUACAAAGGGCAAAAUCUUGUCACUUUAACUGCUCUGUAUUAAUAUUAGUGCAUGCAAGGUUAUUCUCAACACAAAGACAAUGCGUAACACCCUGUUAGCACUAAUGCUAAACUGUCUACCCUGUCAAGCUAAAUUGAUGACUUGGGGAAACAGAAAAUAGAGCACUAGUUAAUUAUUGCCAUUGUCAGAAACAAUAUGAGUCAGGUUUAAAUUUAAACAACACCUCAUAUCACUUUACAUGUAUCAGUUCAAAAUCAGCAGGGAUGAAAUCAUUUGUAGUUCUUAAAUGUCAAGUGUGUUAUGCUAAAAUGCUUUCUCUAUUACUUUGAGCUUAGGUUGACUUCCUGAACAAUGUAGACUUUUAUGGCUCUUUCAAAACAGUGUUUCGUACAUCUCUGGCUCAGCCAAUCCCUUUCGAACAUUAGUGGAUAUUGCCACAACAGGCGGCUUGAGAACAUUUGUGAAACCCAGUGCUAGAGUGCAACAGUGCCUGCUCAAUUUUUCAGCCUUCUUGGUUAUGGAAGUAAUUUAUCCACUCAUAUUUCAAGUCUUUGUUAAAGAUAUUAGACAUGAACCAAAUCAACAAGCUUUAACCAACUAAGGGUAAUUACGACAUUUACAAACUUACAUACAUAUACAUAUUUUCAUCAGGAACUCCACUGUUAAACAUGACAAAAAAUAAUGUGAAAAGUCAAAAUAAUGGAAGCUUAUGGCUUCUACAAAAGCAUAUACUGCAUUGAUCAACAACCUUGUAGCUCGCAGUUGGUCUGUCUUUAAUGGUUUACAUGUCUUUAUGGUAUUUUAGAAGAUAUUACAACUCUUUAAUGGGGAAAAUUAAUGUGAUUUUUAUUCUGAAAAUAUUGUAAUCACUCUCUCUAAAUGUUAAUCAACAGUCUUGAAUCAUACCUCAAAUCCUGUAGCUUUUUGUGAAAAGGUGUGCUAUUUUCCAAGCGAGCACUCAUGUCAAAAAAUGGGUAUUUUAUGUACUGACUUGAGCUAGAAAAAAACAAGCAACCAGUGAGGUUUGGAUAGGAAAGCACUGCACAUUUUUCUGAAAUGUAAAUGUAAUCAAUUUAUUUUUCCAAUUCUGUUUGGAGUUGACACACUUCACCUUUAAGAAUCAAGCCAUAGUGAUGCAUUAGAUGUUCUUGUGCUCACAGCACUAAAAUCAGUCCUAGAUGUUUCAGAACUUUGAUGUCUCUUUGAGUGUUUACCAUGUAUAAAUAGGUAAAAAAACAAAAAACAAAGCAAAAAUAGUUGCCACAAUCAAAGAUCUGUCAAAUCCUAAGAGCAUGCUGUUUCAGAGGUUUUCACGUUCAUUGUGACUGCUCUGUCUACUUUUAAACUCCUCUUGUGUCAGUGUGUGAGGGUGUGCAUGGGUAUGUGGGAGUGUGAUUGUUUAUGUGUUACAUGCUGUUAGGUCUGCCAAGUUCUUCCUGCUAGGUUUGGGAACUAAAAUAAAGGGACUUAAAAGAUUGCUGUAAAGCACAAUAUUCAAAUUAAGCAUGCAAGUGUGUGUGAGAGAACAUCUGAGAGACAUUAUGUGUGACUGUAUCACUGCAUGUGUACCUGGUUGUUGAUAUAUGAUCCUUUUAGACUGAAAUUCUAUUGAACAAUAUGAAUAGAUGAACUUUGAUCCAGAGGCCUUCUCCAGCAGAGCAUAUUGAGAUUGAGAUGUAUGUCAUAUUGCAGAGUAAAUCAAUAAAAUGAAAUAUAUCUGA